AUGAACCCGUCACACAGCCUUCUCCAUGAGCUGCAUCUAUCGACCCUCUUUGGCGUGCAUACCCACGCGCGCUGCAGGAACUCGAUCAACAUGCUCGACAAGCUCAAACUCGAGCUCGUGCCGGCCGCCGGUGACAAGCUCGUGCUCAAGCUCUCUCCUCCGCCGCCGCCGCUUGCUGACAAGCAGGCGUGUGCUUGCGCGCACGCGUGCGGCGUCAAGGACGACGUCAAGGCCGCGCCCAAGCCCGCAGUGGACACGGCCAAGCCCGACGGCGAUGUGGACGAGAUCUACUUGUCGUCGCUGCCUUCGCACCUCGGAGCCGAGGCAUGCGGCAUCAAGUCCGCCGCCGCCGAGGAGUCCGCCGCCAAGUCCGCCGCCGACGAGGAGGACGCCGAGUCGGCCACCGAGGAGGCGACCGCCGAGGAGGCCGCCACCGAGAAGGCGACCACCGAGGAGGCCGCCGCCAAGUCCGCCACCGAGGAGGAGUCCGAGGAGGCAGCCACCGACGAGCCCGCCGCCGAGAAGUCCGCCGGCACCCCUUGA